CCUGCUGACAGCCGAGCCGAUACAAUGGCCCCGACGCAGCAGACCUCGCCAACAAAAGGGCCGAGCUCAUGGCCCCAGACGUCCCCACCCUCACUCCUCAUCGCCGUGGUCGACCUGCACCCGCUCUCAUGGUCCCUCCUCUCGAGCUUGUCACCUGGCCCUGCGCCGGAGACGGGGGAGAAAGACAAGGCACCAGUGUCCCCAAUCACAAUCACCGAGUUUGCCACCAUCCUCAUGGUGUUUCUCAAUGCCCACCUCGCGAGCAGGUGGGGCAACGAGGUGGUGGUGUACGGCGCGUCGGCAGGGAAGGCAAUGCUGCUCUACCCACCACCAGAGGGAGAGGACACCUCAUCGCGCCCAAGCCCCAACUUCUACCGCCCCUUCCAGCUCCUGGACUCGAGAUUCGAGGCGCGACUGAAGGAGCUCGUGGAGGAGCCGGUUGCCACUGAGCAACUGAAUGAGCCCCCGUCAUUGGUGUCGGCGUUGACAAAGGCGUUGUGCUAUAUCAACCGCCGAAAGCCAGCAGAGGCGCCCGUCUCGGCUCUGACUGCUGGAGAUGCCCCUGGGCCCAGCGGCACAUCGAACCCGGAAGCGCCAGAAGCACGUAUCAUCGUGCUCAACGCUACACCUGGCGGAACGGAGGGGACAGGCGAGACCGAGUCCAAGGCGUCCGGUGGUGGUGGCGGACAGAAGGGUUACGUCGGGCUGAUGAACCUCGUCUUUGCGGCCCAGAAGAUUAAAAUCCCCAUCGACGUGCUCACCCUCCCGCCUGAGAGUACCAGGACGGCACCCCCUAUCUUCCUCCAGCAGGCGGCUCACCUUACGAACGGCAUCUACUGGCGCUGGAAUGGUCGCGGCGGUCUUCUGCAGUAUCUUCAUUCUAUUUACCUCCCUCCGCCAUCACUGCGGCACCAGCCCUUCACGCUCCCUCCUCAGGACGCCGUCGAUUUCAGGGCCGUGUGCUUCUGUCACAACAAUGUUGUCGACGUCGGCUUUGUGUGCAGCGUGUGCUUGAGCAUUUUCUGUGAAGUACGCCCAGUCUGCUCGAUGUGCAACACGCGGUACAACAUUCGUACACUCAAGACCAUCAAGGAGAUGGCUGCAGGAGUCACGCCCAUACCUCUGCCGGCUACAAUUCUCCCGCCGAAGCAGAGCCAGAAGAAGGCCAAGCCGGCAACGAAUGGCACGGCGCCGGCGCCAGGUGCCGCGGCGGCCGCGGUAUCAGGUUCAGCGGCGGCUCCUGUCGUUAAGACCGAGGCAGAAGACGUGAUUGUAAUUGACGAUUAG